AUGGAAAGCUUUCUACGAAGCUGCCCCUCCUCUCCGAAACAGGCGGCCUUGGCUAUGACGGCGGCUCACAACAGCUUGGCCAAGGUGCAUGGUUUUGCCCCUCUGCAAUGGGCACUUGGACGCGAUUGGACCCCUGGCUUCCGACUACAUGAAACCUCGUUGGACGAGAUCUCCGCGGCCAGUCCUUCUACUCCCUGGAGCUCCCAGAGUCUACGUAUCGAAGCAGAGAAAGCCUUCUUGGAGCAUCGACACCGAGAAGCCGCUACUCGCGCAAAGAACUCGCGCCCCCGGAUGGUCACUCAGUUCCUCCCCGGCGACCUGGUCUUCUUUAGAAGGUACAAGCAUCCCGCGGAUACCGUGGCGAACGCCAAAGCUGGACUACCCGAGGAUGAAGAUCGCCCGGCGGAAGCUGGGAGCAGACGACCGUCCGCGUAUGUGUGGGCAGUCUCCGGAGGCAGGAUCAAGAAGUUCCACAUGAGUCAGUUGAGGCAUGCGUCAGAGCAAGAAAGGCUGAUUGCUGAAGCGACUGAGAUCGCGUCGAUGCCGUGGACUUUCACUUCUCUGCAGAAGUUAAUGGCCAAGGGGACUUAUGACGAUGAGUCUCGCCCUCCAAAGCGACGCUGGGGUGAGUCGAAGAAGUUGAAACGGCAGGUGCCUGCUCGGGCACCAACGCGGGGUCCGGAUCCACCUUCUGAACCGCGGCAUGUCCGAGAUUCCCUGUCUGAUGAGGAGAUGGUUCCUCAUGACCAAGAACGAGCUCGGAAGCGCGACCUCGAGCCGAGCAACGAGCUUGAAGGGCUGGAUGACGAGCUGGAUGUGGAGAGGCUUCUUCAUGACGUCACCUAUCUCCCCGCAGGACUUCCAGUCGAGCGCCGAGAACCUCCCCCGAGUGGACAAGCCUUCCGAGAACAACGAGUAGCAGAUGAAAGACGAGAGCGCCCAUGGCAUGUUCAACGUGGAGAAAGUGCUCUUAUGACCACUCCCGUUGGCGGAGAUGACAACACCCUGUACUCAGCCAUCAUCGAUGUUCCCGAGGAUGCGAAGGCCUGGAAGAAGAUCCUCAAGAACCCCGCAAAGUUUUUGGCAAAGAGUGUUCAGAAAGGCGUGGAGAUUUCCUACCAUAAGCUGAACGAGGAGCAGAAGAAGGCCAUGGAUGUGGCCAAAGCUGCGGAGGUUCAAUCAUGGGUUGGCAGCAAGGUUGCAAGGGCCGCCAACAUUCCGGUGGCUCCUGACGAGGCCCUGAAGAUGAGAUGGGUCUACACCUUCAAGGCCGUUCCGGAAGACUCCUCCAAAAUCAAGGCGAAGGCUCGCAUAGUGGUGCUUGGAUUUUCCGAUCCUUCGUUGUUGGAAAGAGAUACUUCCAGCCCGGCAUUGACGAGGACCUCCAAGAUGUUGCUGCUCAACCUGGCUUCAUCCAGACGAUGGCGGAUUAUGGCAGGCGAUGUACGCACAGCCUUCCUCCAGGCCAAGGCUCAAGAUCGAGUGCAUCCUUUGUUUGCAAAGCCCCUGCCAGAGUUAGCAGAAGCUUUUCGAAUUCCUCAACACCAGAUGCUCGAGCUGCUGGGUUCAGCAUACGGCCUGACUUCGGCCCCUCGUGAGUGGUACGUCGACUUGAGCACUACGCUUCGGAAGUUGGGAGCCCGGGUAUGUAAGACAGACCCAUGUCUAUGGAGAGUUUUCUCCGAAGAUGGCUCAACGGUGAUAGGCGUGCUUGGAAUUCACGUCGACGACAUCCUGCUCGCUGGUGACGAGGCUAAGAAGGAAUGGGUGGAGUUUGUGCAUAAGCUGCAUGGUUCCUACCAAUGGGCCCCCUGGGAAACCGACAGCUUCACUCACUGUGGCGUUGGUCUCCAACAGCUCUACGACGACGACUCCAUUCUCCUCAACCAUGAAGAGUACUGUGCAAAUAUUUCGCAGGUGACUGCACGGCCUAAGAACGAAGACGGCCCUCUUCGAGAAGAUGAGCUUUCGCAACUUCGUGCGGUACAUGGAGCAAUCCAAUGGCGCGUCACUCAAACUGCGCCGCAUCAUGCGGCCAAGCUGAGCUACUUGCAGUCCCACCUGGCCACCAAGGACGUCUCCAACAUCGAUAUGACCAAUAAGUUGGUCCGGGAAAUUCAUGCAGGGCGACAUCUCAGCGUGAAUGUCAACCAGCUGAACGCCCCCGCGGAGUCCCUCGUGGUUGUCGGCUGGUCCGAUGCUGCGGUCGCGAACCGCCCUGACGGGUCGUCGACAGGCGGGCAUAUCUAUGGACUGAUGCGCCCUGAAGAUGUGGAGCGAGGAAGCGGACGUGUGAACGUUGUGGGCUGGAAGAGUGGACGUCUGCAACGAGUCGCAAGACCUUCCCUUGCCGCGGAGACGCAAGCCCUGGCGGAUCUCGAGCAGGAGGUGAUGUUCACUCGUCUGACUUGGUCAGAGCUUCUCGGGCACGAGGUGAGCCUGGAGAACACAGCGCCCACGGUGGCAAAAGUCCCGGCGGUCCUGAUCACCGAUGCCCGAGCACUAUUUGAUGCUCUCGAGAAAGGCUCAAUUGCAUCCUCCGGCUACAGCAUGAAGGACAAGUACACCGCCCUCGAGAUGCAAGCCCUUUCGCAACAUGUGGAGCAACAAGGGACGGUGCUUCAAUGGGUGGACUCGGACCACCAGCUCGCCGAUGGCUUGACGAAGAUUCAGAAGCAGGAUGUGCUGAAGAAGUUCUUAAGUCAAGGAACCUGGAGACUACGGCUUGACGGAGCUCUUUUGUCUGCGAAGAAGCGAAGAGCGCUUCUUGGUGCACCCGCUGAGUGA